CCUUGAUAGGUUAGUGUGCAAGACAAAAGAGAGCCUAAGCCUCAUUUAUGUACUUGAGCGUUCAGAAAUAGGAUCUAAUACCGACUUUAUCCAAGGAGGAAAGUUCUAACGAAUAAUUUUACAGUGAGAGAUGGAUUCGGCGACGAAGGCUGAGCCUAUGCGCGUGCUCGUCACGGGCGGAUCUGGAUUGGUCGGGAAGGCCAUCGAGCACGUGGUGAAACAGGAAGGCGGCUGUCUAGAGGGCGAGCAGUGGACCUUCCUGUCUUCCAAAGAGGCCAACCUCGUAGAUCUACAACAGACAAGAGCAGUGUUUGAGAAGUAUCGGCCCACCCAUGUCAUUCACCUGGCUGCCAAGGUGGGAGGACUCUAUCUUCACAUGAAGGAGAACCUACACUUCCUGAGGGACAACCUUCGCAUCAAUGACAACGUGCUGCAGACGUCUCACGAAAGGGGCGUCACCAAGGUGGUGUCCUGUCUGUCCAGCUGCAUCUUUCCUGACAAGACCACAUACCCUAUUGAUGAGAGCAUGAUCCACAAUGGGCCUCCACAUGACUCAAACUUUGGCUACUCACAUGCCAAAAGAAUGAUUGAUAUUCAGAACAGGGGAUACUUUGCGCAGCAUGGGCGUCGCUACACUGCCGUAAUCCCGACGAACGUGUAUGGUCCCUAUGACAACUUCAACUUUGAAAAUGGUCACGUGCUCUCAGCGCUCAUGCAUAAGACAUAUGCUGCUAAAAGUAAGUAACACUCACAAUACUACACACACACACACACACACACACACACACACACACACACACACACACACACACACACACACACACACACACACACACACACACACACACACACACACACACACACACACACACACACACACACAG